GCAAUUUAUGGGAAAGUAAUGGCACAGCUCCAGUUCAGCACCGAAGUGAAGAGCUCUACUGAGGCAGAAUGGAAAGUCGAGCGAGUGUGUGAGCUAUGGAGCGAAGAGCCUGGAGUCUGCAGUGCACUGCUUUCGUCGUCUUUUGCGCUUGGUGUGCACUGAACAGUGCAAAAGCGAAAAGGCAAUUUGUCAAUGAAUGGGCAGCGGAGAUCCCCGGCGGCCCGGAAGCAGCCUUGGCCAUCGCCGAGGAGCUGGGCUAUGACCUUUUGGGUCAGAUUGGUUCACUUGAAAAUCACUACUUAUUGAAACAUAAAAACCACCCCAGAAGGUCUCGAAGGAGUGCCUUUCAUAUCACUAAGAGAUUAUCUGAUGAUGAUCGUGUGAUAUGGGCUGAACAACAGUAUGAAAAAGAAAGAAGUAAACGUUCAGCUCUAAGGGACUCAGCACUAAAUCUCUUCAAUGAUCCCAUGUGGAAUCAGCAAUGGUACUUGCAAGAUACCAGGAUGACGGCAGCCCUGCCCAAGCUGGACCUUCAUGUGAUACCUGUUUGGCAAAAAGGCAUUACGGGCAAAGGAGUUGUUAUCACCGUACUGGAUGAUGGUUUGGAGUGGAAUCACACGGACAUUUAUGCCAACUAUGAUCCAGAGGCUAGCUAUGAUUUUAAUGAUAAUGACCAUGAUCCAUUUCCCCGAUACGAUCCCACAAAUGAGAACAAACAUGGGACCAGAUGUGCAGGAGAAAUUGCCAUGCAAGCAAAUAAUCACAAAUGCGGGGUUGGAGUUGCAUACAAUUCCAAAGUUGGAGGCAUAAGAAUGCUGGAUGGCAUUGUGACAGAUGCUAUUGAGGCCAGUUCAAUUGGAUUCAAUCCUGGACACGUGGAUAUUUACAGUGCAAGCUGGGGCCCUAAUGAUGAUGGGAAAACUGUGGAGGGGCCUGGCCGGCUAGCCCAGAAGGCUUUUGAAUAUGGUGUCAAACAGGGAAGACAGGGGAAGGGGUCCAUCUUCGUCUGGGCUUCGGGAAAUGGGGGGCGUCAGGGAGAUAAUUGUGAUUGUGAUGGCUACACAGACAGCAUCUACACCAUCUCCAUCAGCAGUGCCUCCCAGCAAGGCCUAUCCCCCUGGUACGCUGAGAAGUGCUCCUCCACACUGGCCACCUCUUACAGCAGCGGGGAUUACACCGACCAGAGAAUCACGAGCGCUGACCUGCACAAUGACUGCACGGAGACGCACACGGGCACAUCGGCCUCUGCACCUCUGGCUGCUGGCAUCUUCGCUCUGGCCCUGGAAGCAAACCCAAAUCUCACCUGGCGAGAUAUGCAGCACCUGGUUGUCUGGACCUCUGAGUAUGACCCACUGGCCAAUAACCCUGGAUGGAAAAAGAAUGGAGCAGGCUUGAUGGUGAAUAGUCGAUUUGGAUUUGGCUUGCUAAAUGCCAAAGCUCUGGUGGAUUUAGCUGAUCCCAGGACCUGGAGGAGUGUGCCUGAGAAGAAAGAGUGUGUUGUAAAGGACAAUGACUUUGAGCCCAGAGCCCUGAAAGCUAAUGGAGAAGUUAUCAUUGAAAUUCCAACAAGAGCUUGUGAAGGACAAGAAAAUGCUAUCAAGUCCCUGGAGCAUGUACAAUUUGAAGCAACAAUUGAAUAUUCCCGAAGAGGAGACCUUCAUGUCACACUUACUUCUGCUGCUGGAACUAGCACUGUGCUGUUGGCUGAAAGAGAACGGGAUACAUCUCCUAAUGGCUUUAAGAAUUGGGACUUCAUGUCUGUUCACACAUGGGGAGAGAACCCUAUAGGUACUUGGACUUUGCGAAUUACAGACAUGUCUGGAAGAAUUCAAAAUGAAGGAAGAAUUGUGAACUGGAAGCUGAUUUUGCAUGGGACCUCUUCUCAGCCAGAGCAUAUGAAGCAGCCUCGUGUGUACACGUCCUACAACACCGUUCAGAAUGACAGAAGAGGGGUGGAGAAGAUGGUGGAUCCAGGGGAGGAGCAGCCCACACAAGAGAACCCUAAGGAGGAUACCCUGGUGUCCAAAAGCCCCAGCAGCAGCAGCGUAGGAGGCCGGAGGGAUGAGUUGGAGGAGGGAGCCCCUUCCGAGGCCAUGCUGAGACUCCUGCAAAGUGCUUUCAGUAAAAACUCAUCGCCAAAGCAAUCACCAAAGAAGUCCCCAAGUGCAAAGCCCAACAUCCCUUAUGAAAACUUCUACGAAGCCCUGGAAAAGCUGAACAAACCUUCCCAGCUUAAAGACUCUGAAGACAGUCUGUAUAAUGACUAUGUUGAUGUUUUUUAUAACACUAAACCUUACAAGCACAGAGACGACCGGCUGCUUCAAGCUCUGGUGGACAUUCUGAAUGAGGAAAAUUAAAAUAAGUGUGUGGUCCCAAGUUGGAAAUAUUCAUGCUUCUUCCUUACCCUGCGAUUUUGCCUGUGUCUAAAGUGGUUGUUUUGUCAUGAAUUCUUAUGCUUAUAAUAUCCUUUGUGGUACCUUUUCUUUUUCUCCCUAAACUAUACAUGUGAAGGGGAUGAGCUCAAGCAGGAAGUUCAACUUCCAGAAUUGAUCAUAGGUAUUUCAAAACACAUCUUUCCUCUCGGCACAAGUGAAGUGUUUUGUUCUUUCUGGAGUCACAGUUGACAAAAAGCUCUUACACUACAUUAGAACAUGCAUUAGAGCCCAUUUCAAUUCUCAAAAGAAAAGGGAAAACCUGGGAUAUCAAUUAAUUUGAAAACAUAAUCUGCAAAGAAUGAGAAGGAGACAGAAACUGUUUCUGUAGCUUGUUCCCUGUCUUGUCCAUGUGGUUCUUCGAAUUUUGAUGCCAAGAAAGUAUUUGGUAGGUCUAAUGAAGGAGUUCACUGUAAGACUCAUUCCCUAGAUCUUUCUAUUCCAAAGUGCCACUCAUUCCUGUAGUCAAAAUCUGGUCAUGUUGGUCAAAAGCUGGAUUAUUUAGAUCUAGAAACAGACCUUGAAAUCUGAAUGCUCUGGUUUGAGCAAUUUUCGAACAUUCUUUGCCUGGUGCACCGUGUCUGUGGUGCCAGAGGCGUCCGUGGAUCCAGAGGUGGUUAUGACUCGUGCUGCAUGCCUGGUCUUUCCUGUGUUUCUCCUUCUUCUGAAAGUUUUCUAUGCCUGUCUCCUUUCUCAGCCACAAAAUAAAUGUUGGGAGAAAUGAUUUAUACCACUUUCCCAGAAAAAAUAAAACUUACAUUUGGGACUUGGCAAA